CAACAUCAAGCGUUCGGGCUUCUUGACAAGCAGAGUCUGUUCGACCUCUUCAGCACCGACUUUAAAAAGCGAUUCGCAACUGCCAUAUCCCCAUACUCCUAAGGACCUGUCGAACGUCAAAAAACUUCCGGCCGCCAGCUUUCUAGGACUAUCUCAAGAUGGCCACUACUAUAACUACGUACAGCGAUCCCCACCAAUCUGUUUCGGGCCACACCGCUCCUCCUCCGCCUCUCCUGGCUUUCGAUCAUUUGACAGCGAUUAGGGAUGCGAUUACGAGCCCCAAUACCUCACCAGAGGAGCGCAAGCAGCUAUUUGUGGUCUUGCAGCAACUGGGGAUCAGUGUCGACGCUCUGAUAGCAGCGGCGCCUCCGAAUUCAAUGGCUGUCGCAAAUGGACUGCAGAACUUGCCAGCGUUAGGCCAGGAACAGUCGCAGCAGCUUCAUACUGGCUCACAGGUGCCCGCGGACCCUAGAUUGGCAGCCCAGAAACAGAAACAGUCAACGACCAGCCCGCAACCUGAUGCGGGAGGGUUAAAAGUUCGUUCUGAUGCUAAGGCAGCGCUAAGUCAGAAACAUGGGGGAGUGAAUGCGGGCCAAUCUCAAAGCAAGAAGAUGGACAACUCAGAAAGUUUCGAAGGAGCUUUAUAUACCCGUCGAGCAGAUGUUGGUCAGGCAGAUGUGACGUCUACUGAUAGUCCAAGUCUCGCUCGGAAACGACCUCGUUCGCCACCAUCGCCAACUAAAACUGCUCCCAUACCACCGGCCGAUGAUAGAAGACGGAGCGACCGACCCGCAGAGACAGUCAACCCGAUCAACCCAACAAACGCAAGCUACCCGCAGGAGUCCGCACAAAUACAGCCGGCUCCCGUCCAAUGGUCUCCUCGCCCUCUCCCAUCUCCCCGACACCACCAACAUGGACUGUGGAAGCAGCAUCCUCAGAAACGCGCGCAUGGUUGGUUGUCCCCGACGCCCGGUUCAAGAAUCGCGUUGUUCCCGUCCUGCGGUAUUGAAAAAGCGAAAGUUCGAAAGGGAAGCCACAGAGCUUCUCGGCUGAAAACAUUUAUGGGUGGGUGGGAAUGUGUGGUAUAGAGUAAAAGGCGUGCUGCAACAUUGGUACGGUGCCCGGGGGCGAGGGGAGGGGGAGGUUUA